AUUGACUCUCUGUAACCUACCAUGCAUGAACCAUCACUCUUGGCCACGACCAACCCACACAUAAAAAUCUCGAUGCGUCUUACCUAUACGACAUUGACGUGCGAAAGCGCGUGCACAAAUCGUUCCCGUAGCACCGUGCGAUUGCGUUUUUCGUCUGAUCCUGUUCCAAUGAUCCGCACAUUUCGUGGACCCGAACCGUUCGCGAAUAUUGCGAACCUCGCGAGCCUUGCGAAUUUUACGGGAACAUACCAUGCGACUUCGAUCCGCAAUCGCCUUCAAAUCAUUUGCUGGCUCUACACUAAUAGGCUUGACUUCUAAGGAACUGUAACGUAUUUGGAUAUCCGUGGGGGAAAAGCAGGCCUAGAUUCCUAAAAGGCCUGAACUCCCUCUCUCGUGACGUGCGCUGCGCUCCCACAAUAAAAAACCCCAACCCAGUACAAGCAUCCCCUCCUCUAUCUCCCGCUGCCCUAUCUACGAGCCUCUCCAAUACUUCUUUCCUGGACACAACGCGAUACCUUUUUCCCACUCACAACUGUCAUGUCAACUCUACUCUGGAUUAUUCUCUUUGGCUUUCUCAUGAGCUUCAUUGCGCUCGCCGGGGCACUGUCUCUCUUUCUGCAACCAGCUCUAUUUCAGUCCCUCAUUACACCGCUGGUGGCCUUUUCGGCCGGUUCGCUCAUUGGAGGAGCCUUGUUUCAUAUGAUUCCGGCCGCGGUGGAAAGCAUGGGCAACGUUACUUCCCUCUACGUGUGGCUCGCCGCUGGCUUCGUCAUCUUUUACGGACUCGAGCAAUUCCUCAACUGGCACCAUUCACACACCCACAGUCACGCCUGCCCUCCCCUCCGCAGUGACCACCAACACUACCCCCACACGGGUACUGUACGAGACGAGUUUGCACAAAGUGUCACACACGUAUGCGGUUUAGAUACCGAGCUCGGCGUGAAUUCCCACCGUCCCCACGGUAGAGAAACGGAUGACGAUUCUUGCGAGAAUAGUGGACGACACGAAUCUCUUCAUCUUCCCGAUGGUUUCACCAGAACACACAUUCGCUCAGAGUCCGCGAACUGUUUGGAUGAAGAAGCACAAUGUCCUCACGUUGCCUCAUGUAAGGACAACAUCCAGUGUACUGUCGAUACCACAUCCGCGCAAAUCCCAGACACUCUCCAGCAAACAUCUACAGUCGUCGCGGCAACGCCACCGAUUCCAUCGAAAAAGCCUUUGACGUAUCUCAUUCUUAUCGCCGAUGCUGUCCAUAACUUUCUCGGUGGCAUGUUCGUCGGCGCCAGUUUUGUCGACAGCGUCCCACUGGGCGUAUCGGCGUGGUGCGCUGCCGCGGCUCACGAGUUGCCGCAGGAGCUCGGUGAUUUUGCCAUACUUGUACACGGUGGAUGGAGCCCUAUGCAGGCACUCCUGUGGAACUUUCUGUCGGCGCUACCCUUUCUCGUCGGCGGAGUCGUAGCCUACGCCACGUCGAAAGCCGUAAAUGUGGAUUUUUUGGUGCCCUUUGCGGCGGGUAACUUUUUGUAUAUUGCCGGGAGUGAUCUGAUACCCGAGGUCAAACACUUUCACGGCAUAAGGGCCAACUUUACGCACUUUUUCUCCUUUACGGCUGGUUUGGGACUGCUGUUGGUGAUUCGGAUCGCGUACAAGGGAUGGUAG